UUUUCUCCGUCCCCCAGGAUGCAUGAGAACAUGUCAACGAUGGUGUGUGUGAAGGAGGAUUUGGACGAGAAGCUCUCCCAGGACGAGAUCAUCUCCAGGACCAAGCAGGUGAUCCAGGGCCUGGACGCCCUCAAGCAGGAGCACCAUUCCAUCCUGGAUGGCCUGCUCCAGACGCUCCGAUGCCUCAAGCAGGAUGAGGAGAGCAGUCUGGUGGAGGAGAAGUCGGUGAUGAUCCGCAAGUCCCUGGAGAUGUUGGAACUGGGGCUGAGCGAGGCACAGGUGAUGAUGGCGUUGUCGGGCCACCUGAGCACAGUGGAGUCGGAGAAGCAGAAGCUGAGGGCGCAGGUGAAGCGCCUGUGCCAGGAGAACCAGUGGCUUCGUGAUGAGCUGGCAGGAACGCAGCAGAAGCUGCAGCACAGUGAGCAGAGCGUGGCACAGCUGGAGGAGGAGAAGAAGCACCUGGAGUUCAUGAACCAGCUGAAGAAGUAUGAUGAGGACCUCUCCCCCUCGGUGAGUCCUCCUCACCCUCAGCCUCUCCCCCUCGGCGAGUCCUCCUCACCCUCAGCCUCUCCCCCUCCCCCUCG